AACACUAUCGUUACAAUUUGCACUGCCAAAUGGACAACAUUAACAUAUACUUCAAAGAAACGAAGAAUACGAUACUUCCCUGUUUAUUUAAUUUUAUUACCAAUGCAAACGGUUUGUCUGAUGUAACUGAUUAUUCCACUGUGAAGCACAACAUAAGUUUGAGCAUCCAAUUUGUUACUGGAAUAAUUGAAGAACUGGAAGCGAAUAGCAAAGCAAUUUUUAAACGAAAUUUAAAAGGAGAUUUCAAUAAUGUCACCAAUAAUUAUAAACACAAUACGAUAAAUAAGGAACAGCAAAAAUAUGAACAAAUUAAACGUGACAUUCAGACGAAGAUCGGUAAAAAAAAUCAAAUUGUACAUUACUUCAACGCUGUAGAUCGACAAUUACAGUUUGUCACGAAAAAAAAAAUAAUGAAAUCAGAAGCAGUUAUUAUUGCGAUAAUGAAAGAACACGAACAUACAAUUGUGAAUUUACAAUUAGACGCAAAAAGCUUGUUAACAAAAAUUGAGUCAAAUGCAAAAAAUAACGAGAUUAAAAAAAAUAUUCGUAUGCAAAUCAGGAAUGAUUUAAAAAUCAGAAAAGCUCUAAUAGUGAAUACAUAUGAUUCAGAGAUGAUGGAAAAAUAUAAUAAUGUGAACAAAUUUAAUUCAAAAAUAAAAAAAAUUGAAGAUACUAUUUUUCAAUUGCAAGAAUCCAUUUCAUAUCAAAUGCCAUUUUACAAUAAUGUGGUACUUGAAAAGGAAGAAGAAAAUGAUAGAAUUUGGCACUCAAAAUUACAUGAAAUACAGCGUAAGAUAGCAGCUCGAAAAAUACAAAUGCAUUUUAGAAGAUACUUAAACUACAUUAAGACUCGUGAUAUUAAGAAAAAUAAAAAAGGGCAACAUAAAAAACCCAACCGAAAAUAAAUAAAAACAUUUACAUUUUCUAUAAUUUUAUAAUCUAGAUAUUUCAAAUAAAAUUCACAGUUUUACACUUUU